ACAGAUCCCGAUUUUACUCCUCAUGCUACGAUCUUUAUUACUCGGAUAGUGGAUAACAGACUUUCUCCCAACACUUGCAUUUGCACUCUGGAGAGAAGGAGUUCUGGAAACUGAAACACUUGUAAAGUCAUUCCGAAAACACCGGGUCAUUAUUGGUGUACUAAACGCAAUGGAGCCCGCCUUUGGGGAGGUGAAUCAGCUAGGAGGUGUUUUUGUCAAUGGCAGACCCCUACCUAAUGCCAUCCGGUUGAGGAUUGUAGAACUUGCACAGUUGGGCAUCAGACCUUGUGACAUCAGUAGACAACUGCGGGUUUCCCACGGCUGUGUGAGCAAGAUUCUGGCCCGCUACAACGAGACUGGCUCCAUUCUACCUGGAGCCAUCGGAGGCAGUAAGCCCAGGGUGACGACCCCGACCGUGGUUAAACAUAUCCGGACAUACAAGCAAAGGGACCCCGGUAUCUUCGCUUGGGAGAUCCGGGACCGACUUUUGGCUGACGGUGUGUGCGAUAAAUUCAACCUCCCCUCAGUAAGCUCCAUCAGCCGGAUCCUUCGCAACAAGAUCGGGAAUCUGUCCCAGCAGAAUCAUUACGAAUCGAACAAGGCGGUGCACCACCCUGCACCGCAACCUACUCUCCCGUACAAUCAUAUCUACUCAUACCCAAGUCCCAUCGCUACAGCUGGUGCUAAAGUGCCAACUCCUCCCGGGGUACCAGCCAUUCCAGGACACAUGGCUAUGCACAGGAUAUGGCCUUCUUCACAUUCUGUUACCGAUAUUCUGGGCAUCAGAUCAAUAACAGAGCAACAAAUUAGUGACAGUUCUUCCUAUCCCAGCGCCAAAGUAGAAGACUGGAGCUCCUUAAACAGAAAUAAUUUUCAUCCACCAAGCUCACCUGUAGUCAAUGGCAUGGAUAAAGCCCAGUUAGAACAAGAAGCCAAACAUGCACAGACGCUGAAUGGAUUGCCCACAGUGAACAGCUUUGUCUCGGCAGCCAGCAUGGCGCCCUACCACCCACCAACCCAAGUGUCACCCUACAUGGCGUACAGCGCCACCACGUCGGGCUAUGUGACAGGUCACACAUGGCAGCACCCCAGUGGCAGUGCUCUCUCUCCCCACAGCUGUGACAUCCCAGCAUCGAUGCGCUUCAAAAGCAUGCUGACAGCCAGAGAAGGUAGUCACCCUGUCACUGCCUCAGCUCUCUAACACACAUUCCCCACUGAAAACAACUUUGGGGGGCCCACACUUGGCACAGUGAGGUGUCCACUGUUUUGCCUUCUCCAAUUCAAUGAUUCUUACACCCUUUGAGGACCUUCAGAAAAUUUUUUUUUCAUAUAAGCCCUGUUUUGAGCGCAACAGAGGUUUUGCCCAGUCCAAUUCCCAAGCCAAGUGGCCUCCAAACUAGAGCAGCGCUAUAGAGCGAGUUUACCUGUGAAUUCCAGGUUUCAACACUGGACUUGUAUACAAUUUUACGGAAGCACAUGUUAUACCCAGAUAAUGGUAUAAAGAACAUAUUUGAUGUCUCAUUAGAAAGUAAUAUUGGUGGUAUGAUCAAAGUGUUUAUGUGAAGGUGAUUUGAUAGAUUGUACUGUGUGGAAUACUGGUACACAAAAACUGAUUAUCUUGUUCUUAGCCCUUGUGCACUUAAGCAAUAAUGUAACCUUUCUUCCAUAAAUCAGUUUAGUAAUAUCAUAUUUUAACACACCUGGUACCGAUAGGUUUAAGGUUCAAAUUUGAUUUCAAGGUUACCAAAACAAACAAUCAAACAAAACACCAUGUGAGAGAACUUCUUUUGCUUCUGAAUUCAGUUUCCUGAAAGAGUUACAGGUACUUGGUCCAUUUUGGAUUUUUGUUUUCACAAGGUCACAAUUAUUUAUUAUGGGAUCACAAUGAGCAUUGAAAAAUAAGUGCAAUUAUGGUGGUGCGACACCAAGCAAAGAUUUUAUGUCCAGCUAGUUAGUUAGUCGCCUAUCUGCAAACUUGGCAUGCCACCGUCAGACUGUAUUUAUUAAAGAACAGUAAUACCAAGAUUGUUUUAAUCUGAUCAUGCUCAGUUGCUUUCUAAAAUCCACCUUUACUGAGUAUUUUACAGCAAUAGCCCAAACCCAAAGUCUAUUACAUGUAAAUUAAGAUUUACAGUACAUUUUGACUGCAACAGCAGGAAUUGGUAAAAUACUACAGGUUUUAUCUAUACAGUAUACUGUAUUUAAAACCUUUGUUUGUAUGCAAGAAUAACAUUACCUUGCAUUGAAAAUACAAGGUACAAAGACUGCAUGAAAGCUAAAAGUGACAUGGUCUAUUUAUGUGUAAAUACCAUAAUGUAAUUGUGAAGACUGUUUAGCAGAAAGACUGUGACGGUUGUUUUUGAUUUCUAAGCUGUACUUGACUGAGGUUAAACGAUAAUGUAUCUUAUGUUGUUUGUAAAUACAAAGGACCAAAUUUAUUUUCUUAAACUGCCAUUAAGUCUCUGCUUCGCUUUACUGUCCCCGACUUCCUUUCUACAACUUUACUCCUCCCUGUUUUGCAAACCUGCUCUCCUCUCUCUUUGUUAAUACAGUGCUACAUUUUAUUUUGAAAUGGAAAGGGCAUUUGAAGCUUUUUUUUUUUUUUAAAGGGCAUUUUCUUUCUUUAGCAGAUCGACAGAAAAAAAAAAAUCAAUUAGCCAAGUAAAUCCCUCGGACAAAAGCUGAACCACUGACACCACAAGGGUACAAAUGAAAUUAAAAAGCAAUUAAUAAAACUGUUAGAGGUUCCAUAAUGCAAUGCUUUUGUUUGAAACCUCUAAUUAGGGGUUCCCAAUAUGAAGUAUCACAUUGUGGACGUCUCAGUUUUUCUUUUAGAAAUUCAAAUCAAUAUAAUAUGUCCAGUAAAUACAUUCUGAAUUUGAAUGCUGCUUUAUAAAGAAAUAUGGCCCUGAAAUAAUUUUUUAAUGGUUUAUUUCCUUCAUUCAGAACAAGUAUAUAAUUCUCUAAAAUACUGCAUACUUUAACAGAAUGCAACCAAGACAAAUGACUGGAAAAUUCCUGAGUCCCAAUUGAGAUAAUGCCAUUGUUUUAUAUAUACAUACCUAUUUAAUUAAUUAUCCAUACAUUACCUUAAUGUGAACUAAAUGUGGACCAAAAGCAGACUUUUGCCAACACCACUGUGAAACUGAGCUGCCUUAUCUUUUCUGGUCAACAUUUUCUGAACACAUUUAAGCAGAAAUAGUCAUUUCCAGCUUUUCCUUUAAUAUAUAGCUUUAAAUGAAUGUAAGGGCAGCUCGCUGUAAGGUUUACAUUGAUGUAAAUAUUUAUUUGUGUGUAUGUAUACUGGUGGUGGUGCUGAGUACCGAGUUAUUUAAAUGUAAUUAGUUAUUAUUUUUAAUAUAGUUUCUGCAUUAUUUGUAGUUUAUAAAGCCACACAAAAGGUGCAUUUACAGAGGUCUGACUGUAUAUUUAGAGACACAAACAUGCUUAAAUUGGGCAAAAAAUAAAUAAAAAAAUUGUACUCAAGUUCUAUUAAAAUUAGUUAUCUAAAUCCAAUUUGUUAUUCAUGAAACCUUUCUAGGGUGAUUAUAAAGAGAGUUUAAAAUGUAUUCUCUCUCUGUUGUUGCAGUCUUGUAUAGAAUUGGUUUCAAAACAUUUGAGUGCCCAAACAAAUUCUGGACACCUGAUUUCAACUAAGAGUAAUAAUAAUAAUAAUAAUAAUAAUAAUAAUAAUAAUAAUAAUAAUAAUAAUAAUCUCUUCAGCAUUCUGCAUUAAACAGUGUGCUUUUAGAUCUCCUUUGUAUGUAAUUAACUCGCAGCAAGAGACCCAGAAAGUCUAUCCAGAUGCUGAAGGUAACUAAAGUGGCCAAGGUAAUGACUUUUCAGAUAUGGGUAUUUACAACUCUUUUAAUUUCAUUGUAUCACACCACACCCAAUUAAAUCUAUAGAAAAUGUAAUGUCUCUGAAAUUCUUCUAGUUUAGAAGUGAACGUGUUAGGUUUAUUUUUUUCAUGAUGAACAAAUUACAGAAUCCUGGUACAAAAUCAACUAGCAUUUUGCAAAAUUUGGCAAAUCUUUUGCCAUGUACAGUAAAUGCACCUUUUGACAUUUCACACUAUAGAAUGAAAAGAAUGACCCUUUGAGAACUAUGCAUAACACAAAGACAUCUUUAUAAAAUAUAUCAUGGAAAAAUGGCAUUGUACUGCUAAUAUUCCAUUAGAACAUAUGGAAUAAAGAUUUUCCAUGAGGUUAAAACAUACCUUUUUUCAAAGGUUUCUACAUGAGAAACACAAGGUGAGCUUGCAUUUGAAAGGCUGACAAAGGACAAUCAACCCAAUAUGGAAACUAACAUUCUAACAGAAUUAUAAAACAUACAGUUGUGAAGCAAAAAGACACUUCCGUCAUUUUCAUUAUUGCUUCUAAUUCUACUUUCCAAUCUGGAUUAUUGAAUGUGUUGUUUGUCUAGCUAUUUUAUCCUCAGCAUUAUUUAUCAUCAGUUCACUCAUCAUGUACAGUAGUUAUUUAAUUUUUUAUUUGUACAAAAUCUCAACAACGUCAAAUAUAUAUUUUUGACCAAACACAUAUUAGUAAAAAGACAAAUAAUUGCAAUUAUUAUUCUUAUUAUUAUGAAAAUGGAAAAAAAAUCAAGAUCAGUAGUGCUGUAAUAGCUGUAGACUGAGAUAAUAUGAACGGUCUGGAGUAUACAUCAUUUAAGGAAAGGCACGGAGCUUCAGUUUUGGUCAGUACUUGUCACAGUAAUUAGACUAGCAAGUUAAUUUUCAUUCACUAGAGUAGAGCAAUUCCUUUCUGUUAGCAAUCGUCUGGGCAAACGCCAGCAAAGAAAGUUAUCUGUCUGCAGUUUUGAGUUUUCGGUAUAGUAUAUAAUCCAGUUCAACUGGCCAUGCUAUGACCUUUUCUUGUUAAAACAUAUAUGGUUUUUUUCAUAUAUACUGUGGUUAGAAACUAAAAGACUUUUCGCCAACAGUUCUGAUUUUCAAUCCUAGCUGAACCCUGUGUUCCUCCCAUACAAGGAACAUCCCAGUAAGGUGUAGUCUCAACUUAUUAAUUAUGAGAAUUGAAUGUUAAUCUAUUUUUUUAUUUAACGUUUCUAUUCACUUAAAUGUUACAAAGUGUUCUCAUGAAGUAGACCAUAAACCAGGAAGCCCAUGCAGUGGUGUCACUUCUUGUGCACAUUUUGUCUGACUCACAUUUGAAGGGAUUUUUGCAAAACUGGUUUGCCCACUCCUAGUGCUAACAAGAGAGUACAGUCAAAUAGCAAGCCAUCUCACGUUAUGCAUGUGAUUUUUAAACAACUAAAACACAUUUAUUUAAGUGCUUUGCUGAACCUACAAUUGACCACAAUACUGUAUAUUACUAAGGUAUUGAACAAAAAUAAACUAAAAAAAAAAGAGUAAAUCACUGUUGUAUUUUGGAUCAGAAAUAAAACAAAAUAAUUGGUAAAAUAGGGUUCAAACAAUAUCAGAGCCCUAGAAAUGUUAUUGCUUAGUUCUCAAAGGUUCAUACUUGAAUUUUAUUAGAAAUAUUCAAAAUUCAGAGCUUUUGUGAAAGAGGAUUCUUGCUUUUAUGGUAAUCCUAAACGUUUCCUUGUAUAAGCCAAUGUGUCUAAUUCAAAGCUGAAAUCGUGUUUCUAUUGGAUGGUCAUCAUAAGGCUGUAUCUGUAUAUAUGUAUAAAGCCUUUUUUAUUUUUAUAUCUCAAAUGCUCUAAAUUAAAAAUAUUGGAAGUUAUUAAGCAUCUUGU